GCCGUCCAUUCCGUCUUGCUUCUUUCCCCUCGGGUAUCGUAACGCAUUCUGGGAAAACAGGGAAGAACGUCGUCGAUCUAGAGCAUCUCUGCCAUGGAUGCCGAGCUAUUGGAACUCCAGAGGCAAUUCGAGUCUGCACAACAGGCGAAGUCAAGUGUCCGCCUCUCGGAACGAAACGUCGUUGAGUUGAUUCUCAAACUCCAGGAGCUCCGUUUCAUCGAUUUCGACCUUCUCCACACCGUCUCUGGCAAAGAAUAUAUUACCACUGAACAAUUGCAGUCUGAGAUCGUGGCGGAGAUCAGAAAGUCGGGCCGCGUCUCCCUCAUAGAUCUAUCGGACGUCCUUGGUGUUGAUCUCUAUCACAUUGAGAAGCAUGGUCAGCUGGUCGUGGCUAGCAGUCCUGGGCUCAUGCUGGUAAACGGGGAAAUAAUCUCGGAGUCUUAUUGGGAUGGCAUCGCGGAAGAGAUAAACGAAAAACUGCAGGAAUGUAGUCAAAUAUUCCUCGCAGAGAUCGCCGCUCAAUUGCAUGUUGGCUCCGAGUUUGUGGUAUCCGUUUUGGAGCCCCGCCUUGGAAAUAUAAUUAAAGGGCGAUUGGAAGGUGGGCAGUUGUUCACUCCCGCAUAUGUUUCACGAAUUACAGCAAUGGUUCGUGGUGCUGCUAGGGGGAUUACUGUUCCAUCAAACUUGCCAACUGUUUGGAAUUCUUUGCAGCAUUUACCACAUGUUAUUGAUGGUGGCAACGGUGUUUCAAUUGAAAGCACUCUUCUUCAUUCUAUAUUUAAUGCUCUUGUUAAGGAUAAGGAAAUUCUAGGCUCGCUUCGUGCAGGAGUCCAGUGGACACCAACCGUUUUUGCACAUGCUCAGAGGGAGAUUGUGGACUCAUUUUAUUCACAGAACUCAUACAUUGGAUAUGAUGUCCUUCUCAAACUUGGAAUUUCUCAACCUAAACAGUACUUGCAGUCCAGGUACCAUGAAGGGAUUGCACUGGACAGUCUUUUCAUUCACCCAUCAAUGGUUGAGAUGUUAAAUGCUGCUAUACAGGAUGCUAUCGAACAUGAUAACUGGAUUGAUGCUCUUUCUCUUCUCCCGGUAUAUGUUGGAGGCCAGGAUGUCCUGAAGAUAUUGUCAUUUUGUCUAUCUGUUCAGAAAGCAGUUAAGUCUUCAGAUGCUAUAAUAUUGGGAGACUCUUGUGUGUUUAGCUGCAAAUAUGUCAAGGAUUUGUUUGAUCUAGUCGAAAAAGAGAUGGAUAUUCUCAGUUUCACAAGCUUUGGUGGUCACAGUUCAGAUUUGUCUUUUGCUAAUGAGGUCGAGUUUGAAACUAGCUCUGGUAAAAACUCUGAGAAUAAAGAAACUAUUGAUGGAGGCAGCAGAAAAAAUAUGCCCGAGAAAGGAUCAAAGAAAAAAAGGGGAAAGCAUACUGGUUUUGUAAAGGUUGAAAAUGAUUCUGAUGCCCAAGAAAGGGUUCUUAUGAAAGGCAAAAAAAAUCAGCGGAGAACUAAAGAUGCAAAUUCAAUAGAGGCAAAUGGAAAAAGUAAGGUGAACGUGGCAAGCUUAAAUGGCCCUUCCGAAGAAUGGAUUGCUAAAAAAAUUUUGGCAGUAGCGCCAGAUCUGGGAGAGAUGAGAGGUCCUGAUGAUCUACAUGCGAUGCUUAGUUCUUUGUCUUCCCACUUGAGGCCAUCAUUACUGGAGUCUUUGGAGAAGAGAAGAGCAACAUUUCUACAAGAAAAUGCUAAGCGAAGCCGACAGCUGCUUGAUAAUUUGCAGAAACAACUUGAUGAGGCGCUCUUGGAUUUACAGUUAUAUGAAAGAGCACUGGAUCUUUUUGAAGAUGAUCCUUCUCUCUGUGAAAUUCUACACAAGCAUCUGCUCGAAGCACUGGCAGCUCCCAUUGUCGACAAACUCAUUCAAACUCUGGUCACGGAUAGCAAACUAAAAGAAGGAAUCAAAAUUGAAGUAGGAGAAAAUUUUGACGCUGUACAAAUAACCUCUGCAAACCGUGUCUCUUUGGCUAAGAGCUUGCCCGAUUCGCUAUCAACAAAGGUUCAAGCUGUUGUUGAAGCAUUAGAAGAAAAGCAUGUGGGCACUUUCACGGCUGCAUUCAAGGAUCUCGCAGAGGAGAGUGGAGUAGAAUUGAAGAAGCUUGAUGACAAAUUAGAGAAGUCCCUGUUGCAAUCCUAUGGAAAGGAUUUAGCCUCACAGAUUUCUUUGGAAACAGAUCCGUUAGUGCUUUUGCCAAAGAUUGUAGCUUUGCUUUAUUUGCAGGUACACAACAAGGCCCUUCAAACACCUAGAGAGGCCAUAGCUGCUCUGAUUUCUCGACUUAAAGAUAAAUUGCCGGAAGAAGCAUAUAAGGUCUUGACGGAUUACCAUCGAUCAACGGUCAAAAUUUUAGCAUUGCAAUCUGCUGCGACUGAAGACGAAGAAGAUUGCACCGCAGACAGGAUUUUAAGCAACCAGGAGUAUCUAGAGAGCAAAAAUGGCGAACUAAAGGCUCUGGUUCUGAAAAACACGAAUUCUGAGGCUUAGCGUGCGACCUUAGAAAUGCAUGUUUCUUCUCAUUACUCACUGAUGUUGCAUACGGUUAUGUUUAUGAGGCAACGAAAUGAUUUGAGAUUAAUAAUUGUUCCUUUUUCAGAA